AGUGAAUCAUUCCAGUUGCAAAGCUGAGAUUGCCAGGGGUCCUUACUACUUGACCUACGGAUUUCCUACUUUGAAAUUAAUAGAAGUCUUCUCUACACACUGCUGAGAUGUCUGUAUCUAAUCUGUCUUGGUUGAAGAAAAAGUCCCAGUCUGUGGAAAUCACUGCUCCUGGCUUCAAUCCUUUGGCUGGCGCAGGAAAGCAGACACAAGCCAGUAAGCCCCCUGCACCCAAGACCCCCAUCAUUGAAGAAGAGCAGAACAACACAGCCAAUCCCCAGAAGCACCCAUCCCGGAGGAGCGAGCUGAAGAGGUUCUACACCAUUGACACUGGCCAAAAGAAGACCCUAGACAAGAAAGAUGGGAGACGAAUGUCUUUUCAGAAGCCUAAAGGGACAGUUGAGUACACUGUUGAAUCAAGGGAUUCAUUGAAUAGCAUAGCCCUGAAAUUUGAUACAACACCCAACGAACUUGUUCAAUUAAAUAAAUUAUUCUCCCGAGCAGUUGUUACAGGACAGGUUUUAUAUGUUCCUGAUCCUGAAUAUGUCUCCAGUGUUGAGAGCUCUCCAUCUCUAAGCCCCAUAAGUCCGCUGUCACCAACGUCAUCUGAGGCUGAAAUUGAUAAGACCAGCAAUCCUGACGUAGCCCACCCAAAAGAAGCAACUUCUGCAUCUGCCUUUACUGGUAUCCGACCAGCACGGGUUGUGUCUUCCACUUCUGAAGAAGAAGAAGCAUUUACUGAGAAAUUUCUGAAAAUUAAUUGCAAAUAUAUAACAAGUGGCAAGGGUACAGUCAGUGGUGUGCUGCUAGUUACACCCAAUAAUAUAAUGUUUGAUCCACAUAAAACUGACCCUUUGGUUCAAGAGAAUGGCUGUGAGGAAUAUGGCAUCAUGUGUCCAAUGGAAGAGGUGAUGUCAGCCGCAAUGUACAAAGAAAUUUUGGAUAGCAAAUUAAAGGAAUCCUUACCCAUAGAAAUAGAUCCACCAUCAGGAAGGGACUUCUGCCAUUCAAAGAAAGUGAAAGGGGGCGAUACUGAGGAGGGAGAAUCCCGACUCCGCGAUGCCGGGAACGAUAGUGCCAGCACGGCUCCUCGGAGCACUGAGGAGUCACUUUCUGAAGAUGUGUUCACGGAAUCGGAACUGUCUCCCAUACGGGAGGAGCUCCUCUCUUCAGAUGAUCUGCGAAAAGAUAAGUCCUCUGGUGCGUCCUCAGAAUCCAUGCAAACUGUCAUUCAGGCUGAGGUGGGCUGUGCAUCAGGCAAGUCAGAGUCCACUAGUGCUCCUGGUAACUUACCACCUCAUCCUGCACGUUCCGCAAACGAAGCUGGCAUUUCAUCUCAUGAAACUGAUUCAACUAAUCGUGCAGUGGCCACUAAAGAUCUAGCUCCAGACAACUUUGAAAAAACAUCAGGCUCACAAGAGCAAAGCACAGACAAGAAAGGCACCACAAAUCAGGAUUUUUCUCAUGAUGAGAAUUCAUUACACCAAGAAGAUGAAAAAGAAAAUACGCCUUGCCGGGAACCAGCAGAAUUUAAGCAAAGACAGACUGUUAACAAAGGCAAACAGGGAAAGGAGCAAAGUCAGGACUCAGAGACAGAAGUAGAAGAGCUACGCAAACUCUGGAAAACUCAUACUAUGCAGCAAACUAAACAGCAAAGGGAAAACAUUCAACAUGUGUCACAAAAAGAAGCUACGCAUAAAGUUGCAUCUCCUGAUGGACAUGUGGAGGGUUCUGCACUUUUAAAAGAAAAGAGAAGGCAUCGGUUAUAUAAAUUCUUAUGUCUCAGAGUUGGUAAACCGAUGAGGAAGACAUUUGUAUCACAAGCCAGUGCUACAAUGCAGCAGUAUGCACAAAGAGAUAAGAAACAUGAGUAUUGGUUUGCUGUGCCACAAGAAAGGACAGACCACUUGUAUGCCUUCUUCAUUCAGUGGAGUCCAGAAAUAUAUGCAGAAGACACCGGUGAAUACACCCGGGAGCCUGGGUUCAUAGUAGUGAAAAAGAUUGAGGAGCCUGAGACAAACGAGGAUCCCACCAGUGAGGCAGCAGCCAGAGAAUGGGAGGUAGUGUCAGUGGCUGAGUAUCACCGCAGGAUCGAUGCUUUAAAUACUGAAGAACUGCGCACACUCUGCAGACGCCUCCAGAUUACUACAAGGGAAGACUCAAAGCAGGUUGCUCCAGUGAAAGCAGAACUGGAGUCUGAAUCUUUCCGGCCAAACCUAAGUGAUCCCAGUGAACUUCUACUGCCAGAUCAAAUUGAAAAGCUUACCAAGCAUCUUCCACCAAGAACCAUUGGGUAUCCAUGGACUCUGGUUUAUGGCACUGGGAAGCAUGGUACCAGCCUGAAGACACUUUAUCGAACAAUGACAGGUUUAGACACCCCAGUGCUGAUGGUGAUUAAAGAUAGUGAUGGACAGGUUUUUGGCGCAUUAGCAUCUGAGCCUUUUAAAGUGAGUGAUGGCUUUUAUGGUACAGGAGAAACUUUUGUUUUUACAUUCUGUCCAGAGUUUGAGGUCUUUAAAUGGACAGGAGAUAAUAUGUUUUUUAUCAAAGGAGACAUGGAUUCAUUAGCUUUUGGUGGUGGAGGAGGAGAAUUUGCUCUUUGGCUUGAUGGAGAUCUCUACCAUGGAAGAAGCCAUUCUUGUAAAACCUUUGGGAAUCAUACGCUUUCGAAGAAGGAAGAUUUCUUUAUCCAGGACAUUGAGAUCUGGGCUUUUGAAUAAAUGCAGUGUUGUCUGUCUUAGCAGGAUAAAGGCCCAAACCUGACAUGGACAAGCAUUGUUUGGAAAGUUCAAGAAGCAAUACAAUGUAACAUGUCACUUGUGCUUUAAAAUUAAUCUGCAUCACCUUUUUUUUACUGCUCUCCUUUUGGUGUUAUUUUCAAAUCAUGUUCUUGUUCCAGAAUUCUUUAAGUUUAGGCCAUGGCCUGGGUCUAUGUAGUGUGCUAGCUUGGGCUUUCUAGGAAAUUUGGUAGUAUUUUGAUCGUAGGUACCACCAACUCAUUGCCAGUUCACAUUAUCUUGAUCUCCUGAUAGGAUGGUGCUCUUUUGUUGAAGUUGUUUUGGUUUAUUGUUUUUGUUUUUAAAAUGUAUUGGUUAUUUUGCUAGAGCAGUCUGGUGGUUUGAGGACAUGAAAUGUAGAGACAUAUGUGUCUGUGCAGUUGGUAAAGGCAGCUUUUGGACGUGCUCAUCUCCUGAAGGAAAAGUCACAUGCCAAAAUAAUAUUUACUGCAUUAGAGUACAGAAUACUAGCUUUGAUUUGCACUACCACACUAUCUUUAUUAAUUGUGCAGGUAUUCUCAGUAUCAUUUUAUUAAAAAUGAGAUUUGAGGAGAAUAAAUCACAGUGUGCAAGAUCUGCAGGUUUGGGCAAGUGCUUUUGUCACUGAAUUAUCUGAUAAGGAGCUAUAAAAUGCGAAGGAGAAUGAGAACUUAAUGAUUCUAUUGGUUUUAACAUAUUAAGAAAAUAUUCACAUAUUUGCAGCUUAGUAUAGGGCAUUAUCAUAAAUGCAAAAACUAUGAAAUAGAUGCAUAUUUCUUGAACAUGCUGUAUCAGGUAUACUAUUUUAUAGUUUUGUUGUUUUAGCUUUGUUGCACAUGAGAUCCCCAAAUUUAAGUCAUUCCUGUUCAAAAGGGAAAAAAAAAUCUUGUGAUUUUUUUUUUGAGUGGUAUGUUAUUAAUUACCAUUAGCUUUUGCUCUUAUUAAAAGGGCAGUGGACAUAGCCGACGAUAUUAUAACUUAGUAGACUUGUUGAAUAUGCAAACUUACUGUCAAGUGACCUCAAAAAAAUGAAAAGGUAGAAUACAUUAGUAGUUCUUAUCCUCUUUUGUCGGAAACCAGUAAAUAAGCCGUUGUGGCAAUAACUCUUCAGUCAAAUUUCAAAGCUUCAUGUUAUGCAAAAAGGAAAAAAAAGCAAAUCCUGCUGUUAUCCAUGUUGACAGUGACUCUGUGCUGAAGUUUCAGCUAUUCAGAUAAGCAUUGUAUAUGUUGUAAAUUAAUGUGUAAAAGUAGUUUUGUUCUUAUAGAAAGUGUUCAUUGCCAGAUUGCUUAUAGCACUUUAAAUUAUUCUAAAAACAAUAUUAAUAAGCCAAAUAUGUUGGCUUAGGUAGACUUAGUUGUAUAGCAUUCAGAUACAUUUAGGUCUUUUGAAAAUUUAAAUGUCUAAAAAACAUAAUACUAGUAGAAAAAGAACAUGUAAUAUUCUGUUCUAAUAUGCUACUGCAGAACAUGAAUGGAAAUAACAGGGCAUCCUUUUCUUGUCUAUGUAAAGCUCCCACGUUACAAGUUAGUAACAGUAUAUAGAUUAAAUGUUUACAACAUAGGGAAUUGUAAAUAAAUUUAUCAGUUAUUUUCUC